UGAUUUUUCCGGUGGGCUCGCUCAUCACCGACUAGACUACACAUACAAUAAUAAGGAAGUAAUAAUAAUAAUAAUAAUAAAUUCUGUGGACCUGAUAGAUAGUAGAUCGACAUUCGCUACGAAGCCGAUGGAUGCUACUCUGGAGGAGCCGUGAAUGUGUGCUAUCAACUCGCUGGCUUCAGAAUAGUUCCGGAUUUGGAAGGAUCCAAGGAUUUUGUCCUCCGAUAAACCCUAGGACGCAAUCCAAUGCUAAUGCGUGAAUAGUGAAUACUUACUCCUUGACACUGGAUUUGGACUGAAAUCUCGGACAUAAUUUGCAAAUGGAGAGGUCGGGAACUAAGAGAUACUACUAUUACGACCAGGACUAUGAAUCCGAACCCCGGCAUCAGCCGAGGAGCAAACCCCGCCACAGCUACUACUCCGACGAGGGCGGAAGCGGAGGGCACCAUUAUGCCUCCAGUUACCAUCGCCGACCAUCCUCGGUAGGAUGCGGUGGAGGGGGGACGAAAGUGGGGGAACACCCCUUGACUGUGACAACGGUUUACCGGAUUCUGUGCCAUGAUCUUAAGGUAGGAGGUGUGAUUGGCAAGUGCGGGAGCAUUAUUAAGUCGAUUAGGCACCACACCGGGGCUUGGGUCGGCGUGCACGACCUGGUUCCCGGGGACGAUGAAAGAAUUAUCGAGAUUACCGAUAAACGGAGGCGGGAUCCUGAGGGAAGGAUCCCAACUUUCUCCCCUGCUCAGGAGGCAUUGCGUUUGGUGCACGACAAGAUUUCGGAGAAUUCGGUGGGAGAGUUUGGGGAGGUUGAAACGGGGAGGGGAGGAGGAGGUGGUGGUGGUGGUAACAGAGUGGUAACGAGGCUGGUGGUUUCAAAGAUGCACGUAGGUUGCUUGAUGGGGAAGGGAGGAAAGAUCAUUGAGCAAAUGCGUGGUGAAACUCGGACUCAUAUUAGGAUUUUACCCAGAGAUCACAAUUUGCCAUGUUGUGUUGCUGCAUCGGACGAAGUUGUUCAGGUGGUUGGCAAGUUGAAUGACGUGAAAAAUGCCAUACAAAUUAUAUCUUCACGGUUGAGAGAGAGCCAGCAUCGGGAUAGAAGCUUUUACGGUAAUAAGUUAAAUUCACCCGACCAUUUUGAAGCCAUUGACAAUGAAUUCCACAUGAAGAGUAGAGCAAGGAGAUCAUUAGCGGAAGAACCUGGUUUUAGGUCAAGGUCUUCUUUUGAUAGUCAGAGAAGUAACUAUUUAUCUCGCUCGUCUAGAUAUGUCAUUGAAUCCAAAACUCCUGUUGAUGACCUUGCUCAAUCUUUUUGUGGUGAGGAUAUUGUGUUUCGAAUACUUUGCCCAAUUGAAAAAAUGGAUAGUGUUGUUGGCAACUCCAAGGCGCACGGGCUUGUUGACUUGCUUCAAAGGAAAAUAGGUGUCAAUGUUGACAUAGUUGAGCCAGUUGAAGGAUCUGAUGAACUAGUAAUCAUUAUAUCAUCUGACGAGGGUAUGGAUGAUGAGUUGUUUCCUGCUCAAGAAGCUUUAUUGCAUAUACAGUCCCACAUUGUUGAUCUUGUUCCAGAAAAGGAAAAUAUUAUUACGACUCGGUUGCUUCUGCAAUCUGAUGAAAUUGGAUGCAUAGGAUUGAAUGGUGCUGCGCCUGAUAAUGAUUACAUAGGUGGAGCAAAAGUAGAGAUCCUGCCAAGAGAAAAACUUCCUUUGGGUGUAUAUGGGGAUGAGAAAAUUGUUCAGAUUACUGGGGAAAUUAGUGCUGCCCGGAAGGCUCUGUUGGAAGUUACCUCAAGGAUUGGAAGUCACUUGUAUGGAGAAUUUCUCAAAAAUGAUGCAUUGGCAUGCUGUCCUUGGCCCGCAGAUGGUGCCAUGGAGUCAGAGGCCGGGCUAGACGGUUCAGCCUCAUAUUUUGAAUCCCAAGCUGGAAAUGAACCUGUUGAUUCAGCUCACCAAAAUGCAUUAACUGAUAAACCCACAGGGAAAACAAAGGAUGUGGUGCAGCCAAGCAUUGAACAAGCGAAUCGAAAAGAGGAGCCGCGCUCAGAUCAUCAGCCAUGCACAUCGAAUAGAAUCUCCAUGCCGAUAAUCGCAAGAAGUACUUUGGAAGUUGUUAUACCGGCUUAUGCAGCUCCGCUGGCAACAAAAUCGAGAAAUCUGACGUUGAUCAGUGAGAUAUCAGGGGCGGCAGUGAAACUAUUGGUGGAGGAGGAGGGCACAGAGGGGGAGGUGGGGGCAGCAGAUAAGAGAAUUCAGAUAUCAGGUACUCCAGAGCAAGCUGAGAGAGCUCAAAGUUUGCUUCAAGGGAUUAUAUUGAGUGCCGAGGAGGAGGAGGAGGAGGACUGAGGAGGAUGUGUAUUAGGGUAGCUCGACCACGACGGAGGAAAGUUGAAAGGCUUCAUUCUGUGGCUGGCUGAGUGAGCACUUUUUUACUCCAUUUGCAAUGUACUUUCAUUACAUUACAUAUAUCAUGUGUGAAUAUGUUUCAGUUUCCCUACGAAAUGGAAAUAGUUACCUUUACUAUACAAUAUGUAUUUGACAGUGGAUUAUUAUUUAUUGCCUACUUUUUAACAUAUUUG